CCCAGUCAGACAAAGUCUCAUUCAACUUCCAUCUCUCUCCUGCUAUCGGCUGCGCCGUUCAGUAGACCUUCUUUUGCCUUACUCUUUUUAACGUAUUAUCGCUCCCACUUCACCCACUGGUCGAGACGGUCAUUGUCAACAUAUAUUUCAGCCGACUUAAAUAUGAACGCACCAUCCAGCUAUGAUCCUGCGCCUAUCUACGACAGCAUAGAUAUUGACAUGGCUGUCAAAGUCCUGUCGCAGACAGCUUUCAGUCCCUUCUUUACGUGUUUCAUACCCAUAUUUUAUGUCUUUCAAGGUUAUGAGUUCUCAGAUCCAGUUGUACUCGUUCCAUCCAUAUAUUGCGCAGUUGUUUCUGCUUUCUGGCUCUUGAAGUGGAUUUCACUGUUGUACCGCAAUCAAGGUAGCCUUUUCUUCAAGCCUGAUCCCUUAGAUUGGAGCGAACAGAUUGUAGUCGUCACUGGAGGCGCUUCGGGGGUAGGAGAACUGUUAGCAAACACACUUGCUGUCCGCAACGUCACGGUAGUUGUGCUUGACAUCAAACCGAUAGUAACUGAAAACUACAAUAUCGCUUAUUACCAAUGUGACGUUUCGAAGUGGGAGGAAGUCGAGGCCGUUUCGAAGAAGAUCAUCGACGAGAUCGGUCAACCCACUAUGCUCGUCAACAACGCCGGUGUUGUGCAAGGAAAACUCAUUAUUGAUCUCAAACCAGAGGAUGUAUACCAGACAUUUGGCGUGAAUACCCUGGCCCAUUUCUGGACCUUGAAGGCGUUCUUACCGGGAAUGAUAAAAAACAAAACUGGUCAUAUUGUGACGAUGUCAUCGGUCAUGGGCUUCGCUGGUAGCGUCCAGAUGGCCGAUUAUAGCGCAUCAAAGGCGGCUCUGAUGACCAUGAACGAGUCUUUGCGCUACGAGCUUGACAAAGUGUAUGAUGCGCCAGGAAUCCGUACCACCAUCGUUUGUCCAGGACACAUCUUAACGCCCCUGUUCUCCACCAUCCAACUCCCAACCAACCCCUUCUUCAAGUUCCUCGCACCAUCCAUCGCGCCAGUAACAGUGGUAAAGUCUAUCAUCACUGCACUUGACGCACAGCAGUCCCGAACUAUAUAUCUGCCGUUUUACACGAAUUUUUCACCGGUGUUGAAGAUGAUACCCAGUUACCUCAGGGAUAUUUGCCAGAAGUUCUCUGGAGCUGAUCAUUCGAUGAGGGAUUUUAAAAAGGUGACAGCACGCAGGACGGAUGAGGGAGAACUUCCCCAUGCUAAUGGGAAACACUGAGGGUCGGUAGAAGCACUGUGUCAAAGCUGUUAGUGUCACUGC